AGCCUGAUUUUGAGUGGGCCAAGUCUCACAGCCUCAGCUACCACACCGUCGCAGGCUUAACAGGGAAAAAAUCACCACAUGGAUUAUGACCUCUGAUUACAGGCCUCUCAUUGGCCGAGAGGAACUACAGUGUGACUGUCAAUGAAGGGUUCCCACCAACUGAAUGAAGACACCGAUGGUACAAAUACAGGGGAGGUGAGAGGUGUUUCUCUGAGUUUGGGACUGCAGUUGCUACCACAUUUCUUGAGCAAGGCAGAAGCACGGCGCAAAGACAGACUUUGGAAAAUCACUUGAACUCAAAGGCUGAGUGUUAAGAUGGCGCUUCUCCUGGCCUUUUCCUCUGUCCUCCUUCUGGUCGGUCCAGCUCUGGCCCAGAGCCCUGACAUGUCCUACGGCGACUAUAUGGCCCAGUUACAGGCCUGUCCCAAAGAGUGCCGCUGCCCACCCAGCUUCCCCAACGCCGUCUACUGCGACAACAAGGCUCUGAAGCGCAUCCCCACCAUCCCCCCACACACAUGGUAUCUGUACCUGCAGAACAACCUCAUCGACGUACUGUCAACAGAUGCUCUCCGCAACGCCACGCAGCUGCGCUGGAUCAACCUCAACCGCAACCGCAUCACCAGCGAGGGCAUGGAGGAGGGUGCCCUGGCCGCCAUGCUCCGCUUGGUCCACCUCUUCAUGGAUGACAACCUGCUGAGCUCCGUCCCAGCCAACCUGCCCUCCAGCCUGGAGCAGCUGCGCCUCUCCCGCAACCGCAUCUCCAAGAUCCCCGCUGGGGUGUUCUCAGGUCUGGAUCGGCUGACACUGCUGGAACUGCAGGGGAACAAGCUCCAGGAUGACGCAGUGACCGAGGUGAGCCUCAAGGGCCUGAGCAACCUGGUCCAGAUCAACCUGGCCAAGAACCAGCUUACCACCAUGCCCCUGGGCCUCCCCAUCACCAUCACCCAGCUCUUCCUGGACAACAACGCCAUUGAGAAGAUCCCCGCUGACUACUUCAAGGGUCUACCCAAGGUGGCCUUCCUCAGGCUCAACCGCAACAAGCUGGGAAACGGCGGGCUGCCCAAGAACGUGUUCAACAUGUCCAGCAUCCUGGACCUGCAGUUGUCCCAUAACCAGCUAACUCAGGUUCCUAUGAUCCCCUCAGGCCUGGAACACCUCCACCUGGACCACAACCAGAUUAAGAGUGUGAAUGGAUCUGAUAUCUGCCCUGUGUCGGCUGAUGCUCUGGAGGGCUAUGUCACUGAGACCGCUCCUAAACUCCGCUACCUCCGUCUCGAUGGCAAUGAGGUCAAGCCACCAAUACCCAGAGACCUCAUGAUGUGCUUCCGUCUUCUCAGGUCCAUCGUCAUAUAAGAAACACACUUCCACCAGCCAAUCGCAUCUAGUUAUAGUCUCCUGGAUCCAAGGGCAGAUGAUUACUAACGAAUGGAAGUGACUAUGCUAAUCUAUAUGGAUUUUUGAUCUGUGGACUACACAUUUGCAUACUUAUGUUGAGAACUACAUAUUAGACGCCAGGGUUGGGGUCAAACCAAACUCUGUCAAUUUAAGAAUUAAUGCAAUGAAUUGGUCAAUAGAAAAUAAUGGGCCAUUUUCAGUUGUUGAAUUGAGUCUCCUGAAUUGGUAGAAUGGGAAUGGAAUUGACCUCAACCUUGUUGGGUGAAGGUCACCUGACAAUCUGUAGAUAGUGUGAUUGGACUGCACUACUGUCUUUUGACCACUAGUUGUGCCUUAUGUUCGUCCUAUAGUCACAAGUGCUUAAUGCAACAGUGCAGUAUGUCUGAGUUGCUGAAUGUGCUGUUUCAAUGCAGCACACAUUGAUCUGAAAGUGGUAGAAAAUCUUGAAAUGCUGUUUUUCCAAAAAAGACAAUAAUUUACUAUGGCAAUGUGGUUGGGACAAGAUAAGAGGAAUAACCGUAUGUAAUUUAAGGCAUGUUGAAUCUUCUGAUGACUCGUUGUCCCUAUUCUCUUUAUUUGAAUGGAAGUUCAUCUUUUGUGAAUACCAAAAUAAUACUUUUUAAACAUUUUAUACUGCUCCUCUCUGACAGAAUAACUUGAAUUGAUGAUAUCAGACUUGAAACCAAAUUAAAUGCUAAUAAUUGUAUUUUCAAGUUCUCUGUGAAUAUGAAUAUGUUGAGCUAACUUUAGACACAUGCUAGUCCACACAAACAUGCAAUUGUUUGCUCUUUCACAUUUAGCUCAUUUAUUUAAUUGUCUGUUUUUCACUGAAUUCACUGAAUUCUUGAUCACUGUCUCAAAUGUGAAGUUCCAUUUUGUACUCAAUGGGUCAACCUUUUUGCAGUCAUCUUACGUAUUUCGCAAAUGCCAAAGCAAUUUUGGAAUGCUUACAUUUUGUUAAGAAUAUGUUAAGUUGUGAAUUCCUUAUACAGUCAAUAAUAUAAGUAAAACACUUUUCUGGAAAAACAUUAAAGAAAGAAGAAAUAUGUUA